AAACCUUAUUUGCUGUAUCUUCUAAGCUAUUCCUGAAAUAAUUGGCUUUUUGGAUGAUAGAUGAGACACGGGAUAUAUUAGACUCACAAGGAACAAUAUUACUAUGUACGUUUCUCCUUAAUACCCCCUCCCCUACAGAUAGAUAUGCACGUAAUGAAGCUUGACUGCGGGGCAAUGGCGACUCACCUUUUGUUACCUUUUUGUUACCUUUUAUCAGGCAGCAACUCCAACUUCGCGUCCAGUGAUUGUGGUGGCGCGUUUUGUCAGCAGCAACGAUACGAACCGUGAUUUCUAGAAGGUCGUUGAAUGGCUUACGUUAUGGCUUCGUGGUUUCGAAUUCUUGGAAAUGGAUGAGCUUGAUUUCCCUCUUUCACUUCCUCACCUUUUAAAUUAUAUUGCGCCUUCACUUUGAUCUUUGAUCUUCAAUCUUCCCGACUCUCCCGCGUUUCCCCAACAACAUUCAUUGUACAAAAUGGCAGAAAUAGAUCCUUUGGUUCUUUCAUAUUCGCAUUUGAAAGAUUUCCCUCGACAGAAGGAUGCUUUACAUACUCUAAAGAAAGUAGCCUCCUUGGUCAAGCCUAUUAUGAGAGCAAGGAGAUGGAAAGUUGGCCAACUAACCGAAUUCUAUCCCGAUGAACAUAACCUACUGGGCUUGAAUGUGGGUGGUGGGCAGAGGAUUUGCCUUCGACUCCGAUAUGCCAGCGAUCGCAACCAGUUUCUCCCCAUCGAACAAGUAGUGGAUACCAUGCUUCACGAACUUGCGCAUAAUGUUCACGGCCCGCAUGAUGCCAAAUUCCAUGCGCUAUGGAAUCAGCUACGGGAUGAACACGAGGCGCUUCUAAUGAAAGGAUAUACCGGUGAAGGAUUCCUAUCUGCGGGUCGUCGACUCGGUGGAAGGAGAAUACCACCAGAAGAAGCUCGUAGAUUAGCUCGAGUAGCUGCUGAAAACCGCCGUAACCUCACUGCGGGAUCGGGACCCGGACAGAAGUUGGGCGGUGCUGGUCCCCGACCAGGGCAGGAUAUCAGAAGAGUUAUCGUAGAUGCGAUCGAACGUCGUAACAACACGCUCCGAGGCUGCGCGAAUGAUAACCAAACGCAAGACGAGAUUCGGAGGAUCGCGGACACGGCUGCUAGGAACGGCUUUAGGACGCAAGCCGAAGAAGAUGCCGCAAACGAAGCCGCAAUAGCUCAAGCAUUGUGGGAACUUGUGGAGGAGGAGGAGAGGGCUCAGAAAGGCGAUAGUUAUAUCCCACCUAGUUCCAGUAGACAAGCUACUUGGACCCAUGGCGAUGUUUCCGAGGCUUCGAGAGCUCCUCGACAAGCCGAUCGCAACGUAGGGAAAGGGUCCGGAAAGCUUACCUGGGCGUGUAAUAUUUGUACUCUGGAAAACCCGGUUGAUUACCUGUGUUGCGACGCCUGCGGUACGGAACGGGACGAGAAGAUCACUCAGGGCCUCACACAAAAAUCACCAAACCAACAACGAACGGUUAUCGAUCUUACGGGAUCUCCCCCACCGAAAAAUCGGAAUACGCAACCGCCCAAACCAGGGUCAAGGCCGACCGCGAGAUCGGCGGUACCAUCAUCCCAAUCCGCAACUCCUGCAAAACUAGCUACGUGGACGUGCUCGUUCUGCGGACGAGUUAGGGAGCGACAGUGGUGGUCGUGUGACAUGUGUGGGACUGUUAAGCAAACGUCGUGAUAUAACACGCUGUAAGGGAUUAUGGGGUUUGUGGGAUUUUCUGAUACCAUUUGGCUUUCAAAGAUAGCUAGCUGUGUUUUGCUCCAGAAUGGAAUUGCCCAGGAGUAUAGCUCCUCUGAAGAAAUGACAUCACAAACUGGAUAAGUCUUGUGCCUAGGUACGUAGGUG